AUGGUUAUUGAUACUCCGACUAUGGGUUCAGUGACUACUUCAUCUAUUUGUUUGAAAUGUCCGUUGAAUAUUUGUGAUAAAGAUUUUGAAGUUGAUUUAGUGUGUCUCCUAUUAAGUCAACUUGAUAUUAUUUUGGGAAUGGAUUGGUUGAGGGCCAACCAUGUCUAUAUCAAUUGUUUUGUGAAAACUGUUCUUUUUCUUGAGCCAGAGAAGGUAGGUGAUUUAUUCUUGUCCACUCAACAAGUGAAUGAAUCUGUGCGAGAUGGUGUUGAAGUGUUUAUGUUGGUGGCAAGUUUGAAGCUUAGUGAAAGUGGAACAAUGGGUGAAUUUCUAGUUGUUCGUGAUUUUCCUGAAGUGUUUUCUGAUGAGGUUAGCGAUUUGCCGCCUAAACAUGAAGUUGAGUUCACGAUUGAUUUGAUUCCUGGUAUUAGUCCGGUAUCGAUGGCUUCGUAUCGGAUGUCACCAUCUGAGUUGAAAGAGUUGAAGAGUCAACUAGAGGAUUUGCUUGAUAAGAGGUUUAUUCGUCUGAGUGUAUCACCGUGGGGUGCACCUGAAGUGAGUUUCCUUGGCCAUGUGAUCUCUAGUGGUGGUAUUUCGGUUGAUCCUUCUAAGAUUGAGGCUAUAUCUCAAUGGGAAGCUCUGAAAUCUGUGUCUGAGAUUCGUAAUUUUCUUGGUUUGCCAAGUUAUUAUCGAAAGUUUAUUGAAGGAUUUUCUAAGUUAUCUUUGUCGUUAACACAGUUGACUAGGAAAGGUCAAGCUUUCAUUUGA